AUGUCCGGCAAACAACUCACCACAGGAAUCGAAUCGACCCCCAGCAAGGCAACUCCAAAGGUCACACCACCAGGCAUGGAGAAUAGUGCAUCGGAUCACGAGGACACCACCUCUCACGAAAAUCUACCUUCAAUCCCAAAACUACGUGAUGAUAUCGAAAUGUCCGAUGCGCAUCUGAAUGCUACAAUCACCUAUUUGUGCCGUAUGGUAUACCCCAACGACGGAGACAAACUCCAUACCCCAUCCUCCAUCCUCGAUCAAUUUCUCAACGUCUUCUCCGAAAUCUGUGCUGACGAAAAUGGCAUAUUGCCUUUCCAACUCGCCAAUCUUGAAAUGUUGGAGAUCCGCUUGAGGGAAGGCUUGGAGGCGAUACGGGAGAAAAAGGGAGAGCUUUGGGUGGGAUUGAAUGGAUCUGGGUAUCCCCAGGAGUAUUUUGAUGAUGUGGUUGAUUAUUGUCACGGGGGUAUUGAGAGUGAUGAGAGUGAUGACGAUUAUUGUUGCCACUGUGAUGCAGACAGUGCGGCUCUUCUAGUUGAUAGGGGUGUUUCUUGGUGUCACCGCUGUGUGGGUAUGGAGCAUGGGGAUCCUGUGGAAGAUGACGACAGUUGUUAUCGCUAUGCUGUGUACAAUGAGGAUCCCGACGAUGAUGACGAACAUUACUGUCAGUGUGUUCCAGAGAGUGAAAACGAUUUGCACUCUCAUUGCGCUUCGGAGCACAAAGCCGCUGAGGAUAAUGAAGACACUAUCAACGCGAGCCGAUCGUCAACGCUGAGCCUGACAUAG